GUUGGAUGCAUGUAUUUGGGUGAUACUCCCUCCCGGACUAAGAGAAAAGGGCAGCGGACAAACACAAAGCCAACAGAGCCGGGAUAUCACAGAAAGAGACAGGAGACUUUGGGACGGACUACGUUUAAGGGCCAAAAGGGGGGAGGGUCAGAGGACUGGCAUUUGGUAACUUUCCUAUCAUAGUGUCACAUGCUCGCCACCGCAGACAGAGCAGGACAUAAACACAGAUGGAGAGAGCUCGACUAAGGACACACACUUUACUCUCUUUUCCAUUUAACUGUCUGUUUUUUCCCCCCAUUUCUUGCUUCUUGCUUUUAACAUCUCAUUAUCCUGCUCUUCUGCUAAUAAUUCUCUUUUUGUCAAGCAGGUUGUUAGCUACAUAUUUUUUGACUGCACUCAUUGCUGCUUUUCCUCUGCUUUCUGCUUUUUAAAGUUUCUUCUCCUUACUUCCUGACAUUUCCCUCUCAUUGCUGCUUCCUUGCACCUUCCUGACUAAGCUCUUUCUUUAACUUGCAACUCAUCCACUUUUUCCCUCUUUAUAACUUCUUGUUCUUUCAUCUCCUUUCCUUGCCUCCUAUCUUUUGGAUGGAUAGCUACUCCUUCCUCUACAGUUCCUCCCACAGAACUGGACUUCUCUCUGGCUUCCAGCGCCUGCGCUCUGAGAGAAAGAUGUGUGAUGUUGUCCUCGAGGCCGGUGGUGUAUCCUUCCCAUGUCACCGGGCCCUUUUGGCCAGUUCCAGCGUGUAUUUUUGGGCUCUGUUUGGAGAGACUACUGCAGAGAGACUAGCAGGCUCCAUCAGCCUCCCGGUGCUAACACCUGAGGGCUUAGACGUCAUUCUGGACUUCCUGUACUCAGGCUGGCUCAGUGUAUCACCCUCCACAAUUUCUGUUGUCCUGGAAGCAGCCAGGUACCUGCAAGUGGAGACAGCUGUGUCGAUAUGUGAGCGCUUCAUGACUGAUGGGUUAAGCACUGAGAACUGCUGCAGCUAUGCUAAUCUGGCUGAACGUCAUGCGCUAUCAAACGCACUUGAGACUGCCAAUCAAACCAUCGCUAUGGAGAUGGGGACAUUGCUCCAGGAGAGCAGGGAUGAACUGCUUGAGCUGAAUAUCCAAUCCCUGAUGGCUGUGCUUGAUGCCGAUGAGAUACCUGGGGUCAAGGAGGUGGAGCUAAUAAAGCUGGCUCUGGAUUGGCUGGAUGAGAAUGGACCCCUCCCAUUGCUGCAAUCAAAUCUGCUGCUGAGUCGUCUGCGCUACGGAUUGGUCGGCGCUUCUGAUCUCACCAACCUUAACCACAGGGCCAUGGCCACACCUUUAAUCAGAAGUCAACUGACUCGAGCUUUAGAAUACCACAGGAUGGGUUCAGCUCAGCCAAUCAGACAGAGCAGGCAGUCGACACUUAGAGCAUCGCCCAAUCGUGUGCUGCUCUUGGGUGGGGGGUCCAGCGCCGAUUGGCCAGAACAGCAGGUGUUGGUGUUUGAUCCAAGAAACAAGAAGUUUUCGUCUCUGAGUUCCUGUCUCCCGCUGCGACUGAGAAAUCACUGUGUGUGCUCAGUGGGAGGUUUCCUCUUUGUAAUCGGAGGAGAGGAAGUGAAAGAAGCAGAUGAGGAUGGAAAAAAGUCUGUCACCACAACAACAUCCAACCAGGUGUGGCGGUAUGAUCCUCGCUUCGCCUGCUGGGAAAAAGUGGAGUCCAUGCUGGAGAGACGGGCACAGUUCACCUGCUGUGUGGUGGAGGAUGCUAUUUAUGCCAUUGGGGGGCGACACACACAACCAGACGCCAACACACACACCUCGGUAGCUUCUGUUGAGUUUUAUGACAUGACCACAGGAGCGUGGAGGAGAGGAGCAAAGAUGCCUCACCCUCUGUAUGGCCACGCAUCUACUGUGCUUGGCAACAGCAUCUAUGUGUCAGGUGGUCUCCUGGGCAACCAGGACAUCAUCCAUGGCAGUAACCGUGGUGAUAACCAGGAUGAAAACAGGGAGAGCAGCAGAGAGGUCCUGCAGUGGGACCUCAAAAGUAGAGUUUGGGAAAAGAGGGCGUCCAUGUCUAUCGCCAGGUUCAGUCAUCGCUUAGCAACUGCCAAUGGCUACAUCUACGCCCUGCUGGGGAUGUACGAACCUUUCUGUGAUAUAGAACGAUAUGAUUCACGCACAGACCAUUGGACACGCCUCAGACCACUUCUCAUUGGCUCCUUCAACUACGGGAUGGUGUCAAUGCCAUCAGGGAAUCUGCUGGUAUUUGGAGGGAGAAGAUGGAGCGACGGACAGGAGGUGAUCAUGAAGAGUGUGUUGGAGUAUGACACAAAAAGAGACCGCUGGAGAGAGAUCUGUCAGCUCCCCAGACCUCUCACUGGCACUGAGUGCACACUGCUACCCCUGCCAGACUAAAGUGUACACAUUGUGAGAAAAUCUAACAAGUUAUGUGGAAUAGCACCUGUAUUGAGGCUACUUCGCUUACAAUUAGGUGCAAAGCAAGAGAGCACAUGUUAGGAUAAUAAUAUGACAAUAUCAGAAAUUGGACUCUCAAUUUUUGGCUGUCAAAGUUACUCAACAGUUGAACAUAUGGGACUAAAAUUAUUGGGUUUCAGUUCAUACAAGAAAAAUAGGAAGAAAAAGUGUAUCCAUCUCAAUAGAGAGCUUUGUGGCUUGUGUUGGGAAAUGAAACUGGGUUGCCAGAGAUGAAAUGUUUACCACCACUUCAGCCUCAACAGCUUUACUCUCCAACUCACUGUCUCAUUAGAGGACAGCAUGUGUGAAUUAUUCUUCUUCAGGAUACUUCAAAAAAUAUUUCAAAAAGAGUGAAUUUGAAGCGUGUAAAAAAUUCAUAACAUGCUCCUUAACCUAGUCCACUACUACUGAAAGAAAUAGUUUGACAUUUUGAGAAAUACACUCAUGAACUUAUUUAAUGUUUUGCAGAGUUUCAUGAGAAGAUCGAUACCACUCUGAUAUCUGUUCAUUAAAUAUGAAGCUAGAACCACAAGUAGGUUAGCUUAGCUAGCACAUAAUUUUUUUUUUGUCACACCUUACUGUUUAACAUGUUAAUUAUUGAGCUUUGAGUUUUUUUUCUACAUUUGGACAGAGCCAGGCUAGCUGUUUUCCUUUGUUUCCACUGUUUAUGCUAGGCCAGCUAACUAUCUCCUGGUUCUACCUGAUGGACCACGGUAAAGAUUUUCUUUUCAAACUCAUUAUAAAUUAGCGGUUCCCACAAUACUGAACUGUUCAACAUACAUGUCAAGACAAAACUAUACAUGUUAAAAGGGACAUUUUAUUGUAUUUUUGUUGGUGUUUUGGAGCGCAUGUCCAUAUCAGAUCACCGAUUUGACAGAUUUAAUCACAUAUUUAAUUAUAAUCAUUUAGAUGUACUUACCCUGAUCUACAUUUUUGGGUAAUACUGUUAUUGAGAGCUAAUUAGAACAGUAAAGUAAGCUUAAAAUCUGAGCUCACCAAGAAUGACAAUGAGAUAGUUGGUGUUUUGGCAAUGAUAUUCCUGUGACCGGAUGUGAACAUGUUCUAAAAGGAGAAAUAAACUAAGGAGCUAAGGACAGAGAUAAAGAGGAUUAGGAGAACAAGUGGAGGUGAGGUGAAGAGAUUUAGUGGGGCGAAGGUAAUUCUUGAAUAGAUUAGUUUUUAGGAAGAGGCUGAGUCAGACUGCAGAGGAGGCUAUCACACAUAAGAGUGAAUAGAGAAGAAGUCAAAACAGGAGAUAAGUUCCAUGCAUGUGACAUUCCUGUUUAUUUACUAGUGAUGAAUUAUUAAAGUUUUCCAUAAGAUAGAUAUAGAAAUAGAAGCA